AUGACACUACAGGAAAAACUCAAAGAUUUAGGCUGGCAUCUAAGUCAAGAAGGCAUCGAUAUUGUUAGUGAAAAUGGUAAAAUACAGGAUAUUAAUGUUCUAACGACCAAGGCAUUAGAUUACGAUUUAAGGGAUAUCGGAGAUGCAGCACUUCCCGAAGACUUUACCAAGGAUCCUUCGAAGUUGGAAAGUCCAGUAGUACUUCAAAUUCAAAAAAUAAGAAAUGUGUCAGCACCCAAAGCCAAUGAGGAGUCAUCAUCUGCUCCACGAAUGCUAAAGCUUACAUUACAUGACGGCAAAUCAAUAUGUACAGGGCCCAGAAACGAGUCCCAUCUCUUUUUUAAGUAUUAA